AUGAGUAUCAACACUGGCCUGCCCGAAUCCAAAAACCUCCUUUGGAGAUUUAAUGCACUACGCCAGAAACGAGAUCUUUUACGAGAUGCGACAUUCAGUGCAGCGCUGUCAGAAUCUGCUCUACCUCGCAGUGUUCUCCAUAACUACACUGCUAGAGAUGCCUCCUCAGAGUACUGUGGGUGUCUGAAUGGAGGCUGGUGUCAGGAAGGAGGACACUGUGACUGUGCACAGUUUCAAGCUCUGGGGGAUCGCUGUCAGAUCAUUCCCAACCUGGGUCAGGACAGAGAUGGAAUCUGCCGCUCAUGGGGACAGCACCACUUUGAGACAUUUGAUGGGAUGUAUUACUACUUCCCUGGUACCUGCUCUUACAUCCUGGCCAAAGACUGCCACUCCUCAGAGCCCCAGUACACAGUGUGGGUCCAUAACAGCCGUCGGUGCCGUAGUUCAGUGUAUUCUUGUUCUCGGUCUCUUAGUUUGUUCUUUCCAAACGAGGAGGAGAUAUUUAUCAGUGGAUAUCAGGUACAAAAGGGUGGACACAGACUGACUCUACCUCAGACAGUGCGUAAUGUUUUCAUUGAGCGCCUUGCCGACUACAUCCUGGUGAAGAGCACGUUUGGCUUCUCGCUGGCGUGGGAUGGGGCCAGUGGCGUCUACCUCAAAAUGACAGAGGGGCACAAAGGACGCCCCUGUGGGCUGUGUGGAAACUACAAUGACGAAGGCUCGGAUGACAUCAGCACCAGCAGGGGGUUUCAGACAGAUGACAUUGCUGAGUUUGGGAAUAGCUGGGCUGUGGACCUGCCCAGUGAGAGACGAUGUCCAGCCGUGGACGAUGAAUUUCCCAGUCCUUGCCAGUCAGAAUCCAGUAUGGAUGACGCCAUUGAGAAGUGCAGUGCUCUGUUGUUCUUCCCUUUCAUUUCCUGUCAUGAAAACAUUGACCCCAAUCCUUUUGUCGCCAGCUGCGUCUCCGACAUGUGUGUGUCGGAUGAUGAGGAGACGCUGUGUCGUUCACUGGUCGAGUACACCAGAGCCUGCUCUCAUGUGGGCUACCCAGUCCGCGAGUGGAGGGACAGCUUCCCUGUCUGUGCGGAUGGUUGUGAAGAGAGCUUUGUCCAUAGAGACUGUAUCAGCUGCUGUCCGCCCUCCUGCACCUUUGAGAAAGAGUGUUUGGGCACGAACCUACACUGCCUGGAUGGGUGCUACUGUCCUGAUGGGUUGAUCCUGCAGAAUGGCUCGUGUAUAGAGGUGUCUCAGUGCCCGUGUGUGUACCAUGGCACUGCCUUUCCUCUGGGCCAUGUUCUGGAGCAGGGUUGCAGUGUGUGUGUCUGUAUGGGAGGGGUGUGGAACUGCACAGAGAGCAACUGCACUGCGGAGUGUACUGUCAUGGGAGACACUCAUGUGACCACGUUUGAUGGGCGUAUCUUCAUGCACAUGGGAACAUGCCAGUAUGUUCUGGCAAAGAGUCGCGGUAGCACCAAAUUCACCGUCACAGUACAGUACACAGCCUGUGGUGAGUCUCAGGAGCACUCGUGUCUCCACUCUGUGACUUUGGUGGUGAAUGAGGAUGUGGGCAGACAGAUUACUCUGACCCGGGACAACGAGGUCAUUGUAGGGGCAAACAUGGCCAUCAACCUACCCUACAGAGACGAUGUGGUGGAGGUGCACAGCCUGAGUUCAGUUUUUGUGCGGUUGCGUGCUGCAUUUGGGUUAAAGUUGCUCUAUGACCCCCGGGGAGGCCGUGUUUACCUACAGCUGGACAGCAGGUGGCGCUUUGCUACACUGGGCCUCUGUGGGACUCUGAAUGGAAACCUCAGGGAUGACUUCCUGUCUCCGUCCGGGAUGAUUGAAGGGACUCCUCAGUUGCAUGUGAAUGCGUGGAGAGUGUCAUCUGCAUGUUUCAGUCCGGUCAACAUCCCCAUCAUAGACCCCUGUGAAAUGAACCAACAGAAUGUGUACUAUGCUGCGCUGUGUGAGGUGUUGAGUGGUGAGGUGUUUGCGGCGUGUCAUGCCGUGGUCAGCCCCUCUGUGUACCAGCAGCAGUGUCGCUACCAGGCCUGUCGCUGUGGAGCCAGCUGCAUGUGCACUGCACUGGCACACUACACAUACAUCUGCUCCAAACACAAGAUACACAUCAACUUCAGAGCACACGUUUCAGAGUGUGGGGUGGUGUGUUUAGGAGGGAUGAUGUUUCACUCCUGUACAUCAGACUGUGGUGGGUCCUGUCGGUCUGUGGGCAGUAAUGAGGUCUGUGAUGACGACUGUGCUGAAGGCUGCAGCUGCCCCGAGGGAAAGCUUUAUGACCACGCCCACCAUCGCUGUGUCCUACUGUCUCAGUGCCACUGCUACUUCAUGGGCUCAGUGUUUCAGCCAGGAGAAGUCUCCUUCAGCUCAUCCGGACCAUGUCUGUGCAGAAACGGGCAUAUGGAAUGUGUUCCAGAGGAGAGAGAUGAGCCAGAGUUGGGCGAUUGUCCUGAUGGGAAAGUGUACCACAGCUGCAGGGAGCCAGUGGGCGCUGGGCUCUCUCCAGUGGGCGUGGCAUGUGAGCUCACCUGUAGAAACCUGAUGCUCAACCUUACUUGUCCUCCCAUGACCCCCUGUGUACCAGGAUGCGGCUGUCCACCUGGCUUGGUAGGUCAUAAUGGAGAUUGCUAUUACCCGGAGAACUGUCCGUGUGCCUGGCUGGGUCUGGACUAUCUGCCAGGAGAGACUGUGGACACGCCCUGCUACAGAUGCGUGUGUCACCGCGGCUUUUUUAACUGUACAUACUCUCCGUGUCCGGCUGUGUGCACCAUAUACAGUGACCGUCAUUACCACACCUUUGACGGCCUUGAGUACGACUACGUCAGUGACUGUCAGGUCUACCUCCUCAAGAGUUCUGGGGAGACAGAGGUCUCUGUCCUGGCUCAGAAUAAGGACUGCUAUGAAAGUGGAAUCAUCUGCAUGAAGUACCUGCUCAUCUACGUCGGACUCACCAAAAUUUACUUCAACGACAACUCUGGCAAGCCAAGUUCGUUGACAGUGGUGGGUCGAGGUUAUGAGUUUGAGAUGUGGGUGGCUGGAUACUACACUGUGGUCCAUUUCCCCAAACAAGAUCUGACCAUUCUGUGGGACCGCAAAACAACUGUUCACAUCAGAGCAGGACCACAGUGGAAGGGUAAACUGAGUGGUCUAUGUGGGAACUUUGACAUGGUCACAGUGAAUGAUAUGACCACAGCUGGACACAUGGAGGUCAACAAUGCACAGGCAUUUGGGGACAGUUGGGCUCUAGGACAGUGUGAGAGUGAUUUUGUGGUGCAGCGACCGUGUGAAGGUGAUCUCAGUCGGCAGCCAUAUGCAAAGAGAGAGUGUGGUCUACUGUACAGUGACGUCUUCACACCCUGUCACAAUGUGGUGGAUGUGAGCUGGUUCUAUAAGAACUGUUUGACAGACACGUGUAACUGUAAUCGUGGAGGUGACUGUGAGUGUCUGUGUACCAGCAUUGCGGCGUAUGCACAUACAUGUUGUCAGCACGGAGUUACCGUCCACUGGAGGUCCCCUACUGUAUGCCCCUAUGAUUGUGAAUACUACAAUCAAGAGCUGGGGGAAGGUCCAUUUACUCUCUCCAGUGUUGUGUUGAAUGAGUCAGUGUGUGUGUUGGGUGUGAAUGUGAGCAGUGGGGAGGUGUUUCCUGUGGUGGGAACACACACACAGCAGCAGCCUGUCAACACACUCAACUUCAUGAUCACUGUGGGCCUCUACAGAGACCGAUCAUCACGACUUCCUGUUGUCUCUCUGGAGUCGGCAGAGCGGCCAAACUACUUCCUGUCAGUGACGGCCAACGGAGGGCUGCGAUUGGAGCGCUGGAGUUCGGGCGAAGAGUUCCGUCAGCGGGCGACGUUCAUCCAUCACCAAGGCCUCUGGUUGCCGGGGCGAUCGUCAUUUGAGCUCUACAGACAGAAGGGCGUGUUCCUCACCCUCACACAAACCUCUGCUCACGCCCAGAGCUACGAUCACACACACACUUUCAAAAUCAGCAGCAGCUUCAUCCUGGAGGAGAGCAGCUUUGUGAUCCCAUAUCGUCUCAUGUGUGAGUGGAAAUAUCAUGCAUGUGCCAGUCCGUGUGUGAAGACCUGCAGUGACCCUGAUGCCACGCGAUGCCAGUUUUUACCACAUGUUGAAGGGUGUUUCCCACGUUGUCCUAAGACCAUGAUCCUAGAUGAGGUGACACGGAGGUGUGUGUACCAAGAGGACUGCAUAGUUCUCCCUCCCACCACCACUCCCUACAUGUUUGUGACUCGAUCCAACAGAACGACUGCACCUCCCACUACAUCUGCAACCACAACUACUCCUACAACUGCUCCAACAAUGACCACUGUAACUACUGCUCCCACCACAACUCCCAGCACCACCAGUCCCGCCCCAGUGACCGAGACUGUUGGUCCCAGUUCACCUCCAACAUCCACAGGCACCACUCUGCCUCAACCAAUCACACAAACCCAUCUGUUGGCCACGCCCUCUUCCACCUCCACAGCCUCCUCUGCUCCAACAACCACUGUCCACAUGACAACCUCUCCCUCACUGCAGCCAAGCACAACAACCACGCCUGUCAUCACUACGGAAACACAGACCACCGCUACCCGCCCACCCCCAACACCCCUGACGACACGACCGACCACUUUCCCAACAACCACUGGCCCAGGGACCCCCACUCCUGUCACCAUGACAACCACACAAACUCCGACACAGACGACUGAGCAGACUACUGCUCCAACCACUGAAGAGACAUCCGUUAGCUCCUCCCUGUCUCCCACGCCUGAGACGGUUGCCGUGACAGCCGUGCCUCCUACGUUUCUUCUGCCCACUGCCCCCUGUACACCCUCCCUAGAACCCGCGAAGCCUGCAGUCACUAAGGCUCAGUCUGGUUAUGAGCCCUUUAUCAUGAAAGGCUUGGUAUCAGUUUCCGGUGGGGAAACCGUUCCUGUGCGUAUCCUGCGGGACACGGGUGCAGCACAGUCUUUUCUCCUGCAGGGCCUGUUGCCACUGUCCGAACAGACCGCCACGGGCAGUAGUGUCCUUGUUAGGGGAAUUGAGAUGGGGUUCGUUGAGGCGCCCUUACAUCGUGUCCACCUUAAGUCCGACUUAGUCAGCGGUGAUGUAGUUGUGGGAGUUCAGUCCUCUUCUCCUAUCCCUGGGGUGACAUUUAUUUUAGGGAACGAUUUGGCCGGUGGGAGUGUGUGGAGUCAAGGUGAUAUGCCGCCAGAAGUCUUUCCCGUGCCGCUCGUGCCAGAGGGUCUGGACGAGUGUGAGCAGAAAUUCCCUGACGUUUUUCCUGCUAGCGUCAUCACCCGCUCCCAAACGAAACGGCUGAUCGACUCCGUUCCUUCCCGUGACGGUGAUGUUGACUUGAGUGACAGUUUCGUAGCUAAGCCCGAAGAGUGUGAGAGGCUCUUCGACGCUCAGUCGGUGCAGAGCAGUAGCCAAAACAUACCCGUAGACAAGACAGAAAGACACGAGUUACUGGACUUUUCAUUGUCACGUGAAAAGUUAAUAAACUCUCAGAAGUCUGAUCCCACUCUUACCUCUUGUUUUGAGUCCGUCAGCUCCGUUCAGGAUCUAGUGACUAUGCCUCAGGGGUACUUUAUCAGAGAUGGAAUUCUGAUGAGAAUGUGGAAGCCGCACAGCUUCACUGAGGAGUGGAGUGAGGUGCAUCAAAUCGUGGUUCCGUCAGAAUACAGAAUUUUAAAUGCGUCCGAUGAGUCUACUGUCCUUCUAUCCGCUCUGGUGGAGGGUGAGGACAGUGGGACUACACCGUCCCGUUCCGUUAUUGAGGGUCGUUUUAACAAUUCAGAGGUGCUCACGGUGAUCCAAAAUCAGCUACCACAUCUGUCCGCUACUGAGAAGGCUGAUAUUUUAGGUGUUCUCAAAGAAUUUCCUGAGCUUUUUGGGGAUGUUCCAACAGUGACCACAGUCUUAGAGCAUGACAUCGACGUCGGAGCGACAUCCCCGAUUAAGCAGCACCCGUAUAGAGUCAACCCAAAGAAACGUGCGAUCCUCCGACAAGAGGUAGAAUACAUGCUCUCGAACGGCAUAGCUGAGCCUAGCUCUAGCCCUUGGAGUUCGCCGUGUAUUUUAGUCAGUAAGCCAAAUGGAACGUAUCGGUUCUGCACGGACUACCGUCGGGUCAAUGCAGUUACCACUCCAGACAGCUAUCCCCUGCCUCGAGUGGAUGACUGUGUUGACCGCGUAGGAUCUGCCGUUUUUGUUAGUAAGAUCGACCUAUUAAAAGGUUAUUGGAAGGUCCCACUUACCGCUAGAGCUCAAGAGAUUUCCGCCUUUGUUACUCCCGACUCCUUUUUAAAUUAUAAAGUCAUGGCGUUUGGAAUGAGAAACGCACCGGCGACCUUCCAACGCCUGGUUAACGUUGUGCUGUCAGGUAUGUCUGGCUGUGAAGCCUACCUUGAUGAUGUGCUAGUUUAUAGUAUGACGUGGGCAGAACAUCUGGGGCAACUGCGUGAACUUUUCCGCCGUUUGUCGAAGGCUAACCUUACUAUAAACUUGGCCAAGUGUGAGUUCGGAAAGGCCACCGUUACUUAUCUGGGGCGAGUCGUUGGUCGGGGCCAGGUUUUCCCUGUGAUGGCAAAAGUAGCUGCCGUUCAGGACUACCCUGUUCCUAGUGACCGACGUGGGUUGCGACGUUUUUUAGGUAUGGUUGGUUACUACCGCAGCUUUUGCAAAAACUUUUCCUCUGUCGUGUCUCCGCUAACGGACUUACUGAGUCCUAAAGUCAAGUUCGAAUGGACAGAGACGUGUCAAAAUGCGUUUAAAAAUGUGAAGGGCCUGCUAUUGUCAGCUCCUGUUCUAGCCACGCCCGACUUUAACAAGCUGUUUCGUUUUGCUGUGGAUGCGAGUGAUGUCGGUGCGGGAGCUGUCCUUCUGCAGUGUGGCGCUGACAAUAUACAACAUCCUGUCUCUUACUUUUCUCGAAAGUAUAAUGGGGCACAGCGAAAAUACUCCACGAUUGAGAAGGAAACUUUGGCUUUACCUCCGUACUCUGUGCGAGUGGAUGAAUGCAGUGAGUAUAUCUGCAUUAAUGGACAGAUGGUGCUCCAUAACUCCUCACAGCACUGCAGACACAACACCAGUCAACCCCACUGUAAUUUACUGGGCACACCCAUCCAAACCAACACCGAUCCAUGCUGCCCAGUCUGGCAGUGCCCCUGUCGCUGCUCCGUGUUCUCAGACCUGCGUGUCAUUACGUUCGAUGGGAAUAACGUGGCGUUAUAUGAUAAUGGCUCCUACAUCCUCGUACAUCUGCCCAGAGAAAACAUCGUUGGACACAUUGAGAAAUGUCCUACCAGUGAGAGUGUGAACUACAUCAGACGACCGAGUCCCAGCGGAGGGACGUCUGGUCUGUGUUUUAAAAAGCUGAACAUUUCCACGCACUCCUACAGGAUCAUGAUAAACCGUCUGGACCGCAAGGUAUCAGUGAACCUGAUCACAGCCCGGUUACCAUUCACCAGGCAGAACCUUCACAUCGAUGACACUGGUACCAUGUAUGUAGUUAACACACCGGGUGGAGUUCAGAUUCAGUGGUACCACAGCACCGGAGUCAUGGUUCUCCAGUACACCACCCCAGCCAACACCUCCACCAGAGGGCUCUGUGGUUGCUGUGAUGGUAAUCCGGCGGAUGACCUCCGUUUGCCCAACGGAACGGUGGUUGGUGAAGUGGAGGACAUUCCGGUGUUCCUGCACGGCUGGAUGGUUGAUACUUCGGAAGAGACGGAUUAUUUCCGCAGAGUGGGAGAUAACUGCACCACAGGGAACUGCUCCAAAUGCUUCACCAUCCUAAACCAAAGACCCUUCUCUAAGUGUCACCAUAAGGUCUCUCCGGAGCAGUUCUGUAAUAACAUCUGGGCUGGAGACCUGCAUUAUAAGGACCAUGAGUGUGACUUCCUGGCCGCAUAUGUGGCCAUUUGCUACACACACCAGAUCUGUUUCAGCUGGAGAAAACCCAAUUUCUGCCCGCUGAAGUGUCCUGCUGGUAAGGAGUACAGAGCGUGUGUGAACACGUGUAAAACACACACGUGUCAAAACCUGGACUACUAUGAGGAGAGCAUGUGUUCGUCCAUACGGGAAGAGUGCGUGUGUAAGAGCGGCACCAUACUCCACCGAGCAGACUCCGCCUUCUGUGUGACCGAGGAUCAGUGUGUAUGUACAGACAAUGAGGGUUCCCCGCGGGCUCCAGGUGAGGUCUGGAAUGGUUCUCUGCGUGGGUGCUGUCUGUUCCGUUGUUUGGAGAACGGUAGUGUGGUACCAGUGGAACCAGACUGCAGCCAGGAGCCCGCUCCACUGUGUGAAAGGGAGGGAGAGUAUGCUGUUUCUGUCCUGGAGCAAGGCGCCUGCUGCCCCAAGAAGAUCUGUGAGUGUAACCUUACUAUCUGUCAGAAUGAGGUUCCCAGCUGUGAGAAUGGGAAUAGAUUAGUCAUUGGCUACAGUGCCCUCUCCUGCUGCCCAGAGUACAGAUGUGAGUGUGAUCCGCAGGCAUGCCCCAGGGUGCCACCCCCUGUCUGCAGAGAAGAUCAGUUCCUUGUUGAAGUCAGAGAGGAGCGUGAUUGCUGUUACAGUUAUCUGUGUGUGUGUGAGUCCUGUAUGGAACCAAUACCAGUGUGUUUGCCGGGAGAAAUUCUAGCUGUGGACAUGAACACCACAAACCACUGCUGUCCUCUGUAUCACUGCGUGUGUGAUUUGAGUUUGUGCCCUGAGCCCUCUGUCAGCUGUGCUCCUGGAGCUGCCCUGGUCAAGAGACCAGUGCCUCACCACUGCUGUCCAGAAACACAAUGUGAGUGCCAGUGUCAGAAUGCAUCACGCCCAUUCUGUGCUACAGGGGAGGUGCAGGUGGAGGAGCCAGACUACAGCAGUGCAUGUAGCUGCACCCAGUAUACCUGCAAGAAGGCCGAUGUAUGCUUGUUUCAGGGUGUGACUGUACUGAGUCCGGGUCAGUCUAUGGUGCAGUACUUUGAGGGUGACCUGUGUUACACUGUUCACUGCCUCACACACAGAGACUCCAGGACUGGAUUUUAUGCCAUGGACGUCUCUACCAUCAACUGCUCUGAGAAGUGUGAACCACACCAGGUGUAUGUUCCUUCUUCUGAUCCUCACGUGUGCUGCGGCUCUUGUAAAAAUGUCUCCUGUUCUUACUUAAGUGAAAAUGGAACUACAGAAGUCUUCAUGGUUGGUAGUUCCUGGGUAGUUAACUGUACACGCUAUGACUGUAUGGAAACUGCUGUUGGAGCUGUGAUCCUGGCCUCUGGGGUUGUCUGUCCUCCAUUCAAUGACACAGAGUGCAUUCAGAAUGGAGGUGUGGUUCAGACCUAUGUGGACGGCUGCUGCAAGACAUGUGCUGGAGUUGGUAUAUUGCCUUUUUCCGUUAGUCCAGUUACUCCCACUGCUAGUACUAACUGUGACACAGGUAAAGAAGACGGUAAGAACUGUAAGAGAGUCGCCAUCAGAACCACCAUCAGAAAAGACGACUGUAGGAGCAACGCCCCAGUGACUGUGUACUCAUGUGAUGGUAAAUGCCCAUCGGCGACCAUAUUUAACUUUAAUAUAAACAGCCACGCCCGCUUCUGCAAAUGCUGCCGAGAAAACGGACUACAAAAUCGCAUCAUUCAGCUUUACUGCACACGCAAUGCAACCACUGUGGACUACAACUACCAAGAGCCCAUGGACUGCUCCUGUCAGUGGAACUAG